UAUUACAAAAUACGUAGCUAAUAAGCCCCGAUAACUCACCUAUUGAUUUUAGCAUUCGCGUAAAUGCCGAUAAGAUUUAAAAACUGAUAAAAAUCCCCUCACAUGUUAGUUAAUUUUGUAUCAAAAGUGUUUGUGGACACAUUUUUCAUUAAUUUGUUUUUUGAUUUGCAAUGGAUGAACUAAUCGAUGACAUACCAAUAGAAAUAUCAGCGUGCGAAUCAUUUAAAAUUAAAUUAGAAAGUAAAUUCAAUAACAAAAUACCUUUGUACAAAGGCACUUUGGAUUCUAUUGAUUCCAUAUCGUGUCAAGAUGUUUCUGAAAAUAAACACAUAAUUUUAUUAUAUUUACACGUGGAUGGAAAUGUUUUUUCCGAGGAAUUUUGUGCACAUCUCAAAAACGAACAUUUACUACAAGAAAUCGAUAAGCACUGUUACUUUUUAGCUUGGGAUUUAAAUGGUUGUAACGUAAAAUCAUUAUUAAGCUCAGUUAAAUGUACUUUGGGGUUUAAUACCAUUUAUAAAAACGUUUCCGAAAAGAAACCAUCAAUUUAUUUUUUAACUCCCAUAGAACACGAAAUUAUCGAAGUCAUUGAUAAAACAUUUCUCGUUAAACAUUUUCCUUUUAACCUAAAACGAUUAAUUAAAUCGGUUUGUUCUAACACCGAAGAAGUUGUCCGAGAAGUUGAAAAACAAAGCGAUGAUAUCAGUUCAGAGAGAUUUCAACAAACAAUGUAUGAAUUAAUAGGAGACAGAGAUUUCGAUUCAUUUGAAUACGAUGAACACGAUUAUUUAAAAAAUAAGUUGUAUUUUGCAAUUUAUGGAUCACCGGAUAGUUGCGAAAAAGAUGAAGAAAAAGAACAAGUUUUAAAUGACCUUUAUGGAUUAAUACGAAAAACUAAUAAUGAAUAUUCAAAAUGGAACGACAGAAUUGUAAUAUCGUUUAUUUACAAUUGUACAGAAUCUACGAAGAGCUUUAUAGGAAAUAUGACACCAAUUCCGGUUUUUAGUAUUAGAAAAUGUAAGGGGUCGAAAAACUCGUGCAGAAAAUACAUUGAUUUAGAUCUUAGAGUUUAUAAUUCGUGGAAGCAUUAUCUCAUAAAGAAUAAAAUGCCAAAGUGCAACAUGAUCGUACCGAAAAACGGACGAUAUCAAGGCGAUAGCCGAGGAAACGUUCUGCUAGAACAUUUUAGAUCACCAUCUUACACUAACACAGCUUAUGCUUUAAGAUAUAUGGAUAUUAUUAUGACAAUUUUAGGAAUUAUUGCAGCUAUUUUAAUGGUCGUUAGUAUUGUUUAUAAUCCCAUUAUGAUUUCUGCAGGAAUUUUAGGAUUAACAUGUGCUAUUUAUUCCAUGACACGAACAGCUUUUCAAAUACACGAUAGAAGAAAACAUAGAAUGAAUAUGAGCAUAAAAAAUCCUGAUGCAAGGGGAGCCUAUUUAAAUAUAGCUGCUAAUUCUAUUGGUUUAAUUGGUGGAGCACUAACUCGAACAGUAGCUAUUGUAGCCAGUAGGGGAGUAGUUAUAGGAAAGAGUAUGUUAAUGACUGCGAAUGCAAUAAAUUACGCCGGAUUGGCAACAGAUUUCGUUGGGAUAAUGAAUUCUUUACAUGCAAUGAAAACCUCAAAACGACCCGACGCCCUUCAAUUUCUUCAAUUUUCAUUCUCUAUUCUUUUCUUUAAUAAUAGCAUCAUAAACAUAGCGAGAACUCGAGGACAAUUAGUGCAAGCAGAAAUUUCGUCAUCCAUCAAAGUCAGUAAAUCAACCAAAAUUCAAAACCCCAAUAAUCAAACUGUAUCUCAUCUUAGAAGUAUCCAUUCCCAGGAUUUAAUUAAAGUCUUAGGAUCAAGAGGAAAUCGUCUUUCGGAAGCGAAAUUGAUUACGUUUUCGACGGCAAAUGGAAAACUUUCACUAAACGACGUUCCUGUAACCGUUUUAAAACAAACAGCGGUUCGGUUUCAAGGAAUGUCUUUACCUCCAAUGCAAUAUAUAACCGAAGUCAUUCAAAAAAAGUAUUUAACCGACGAAGAAGAUGUAAGAUUAUACGAAGACGUCCUAUUUCAUUAUCCACAUACAACAAAAGAGCAUGUUUUUAAAAUUGUCGAAAAAUUAUUGGUUAAAUUAAAAGAGGAACAAGUAGAACAUAAAAACGCUAUAAAGAAAAUAUUCCCGCAAUCGACGUUUACGUGUAAAAUUAUGGAAAUUUCUAUACAAUUUUUGGAGAGAAAGUUUGAAAAUGAAUGUGAUCUUUGUGACAGUUUAGAAGAAAAUAAAUCGAAACUUUUUAGAAUGAUCGAAUCUGUUGAUUUAAAUGAAAUCUUAAUAGAUUUAGUUCAGUUUUAUUUGGAUUGGUUAACUACGGCUAUUUACGAGUUCGAACAGGCGAAUGUAAAAAGAGCGAAAAGACGCGAAAUGCAAAUGAAGUACAAAGAAAAAGUUAAUUGUACGAUUUGUGGUGGAUUUUAUUAUAAAAAUUCCAAAUAAUCUUGUAAUAAACUAAAGUGUACUUUAUUAAAUAAAUAUUUGCUUUAAGAGGAUAACCUAUUAGCAAAAACAA